UCGUCCUCGUGAGCUUCGGGCCGGCGGCAGUGAAACCCGGGCUCCACAGCAGAGACGGAGCCCGGGGAUUUCAGGGCUCCCCACCACGCAGCCGGCAGGCCUGGACGCAGCCUGGCACGGAGCCACGCGGGCCCGACCGGAGCCUGGCGUGCGAUCCCCGGCUGCCGGUGCGGGCGGCUCCAACGCGCCCAAAACCCCACAGGCCGCGGCCCCGCGCCUCGCACAGCCCCGGAGCUCGGCUCGCCUCCUUAAGAGCGGCGGUCAGCUGACAGCUGGCGCCUCCUCCGCCGCGCGGCUGCAAAGUGCCGAAUGCCCGCAACGCGGAGCGCGACGGCACCCGGACCGGCAGGGACCGCCGAGCGUGCGGGACAUCGCGCAGCCAUCCGACAGAAGCACUUGGAUGUCUGGAAUUCAAUAUACUUUUUUUUAUGCUCUUAAGCUGAAGUAGAACAAAUAAGUGCAAGAAAUUUCUCUAGUUCAGGCAAUUACAGGUCAUACUGAAUCCUGCUUUGAAUAACUGAGAAGCCUCUUCGGUGUGGAACUGUACAAGACAUUUGGCAGUUGUCUUGAAUAAAAAUUGAGACAGAAAUGUCCUUCAUAGAUCCUUAUCAACACAUUGUGGUGGAACACCAGUACUCACACAUAUUCACUGUGACAGUAAGGAAAGCCACAAAUGUCACAAAAGGAGCCAUUGGUGACAUGCUUGACACUCCAGACCCCUAUGUGGAACUGUUCAUCCCUUCCGCUCCUGACUGCAGAAAGAGAACUAAACAUUUCAAUAAUGAUGUGAAUCCUGUGUGGAACGAGACUUUUGAGUUCAUUCUGGACCCCAACCAGGAGAACGUUCUUGAGGUUACUUUGAUGGAUGCCAACUAUGUUAUGGAUGAGACUCUUGGUAUGGCCACAUUUCCUAUAUCCUCUCUGAAACUGGGAGAGAAGAAGGAGGUCCAAUUAACUUUCAACAAUGUUACAGAAAUGACUUUGGAGCUGUCUCUUGAAGUGUGCUCUUCAACUGACCUCCGGUUCAGCAUGGCUCUGUGUGACGAGGAGAAGAAAUUCCGGCAGCAGCGGAAGGAUAAUAUCAUGCAGAGUAUGAAGUCAUUCCUAGGAGAGGAAAACAGCAAGAACUUGACCACUUCCCGUGACGUACCAGUGAUAGCAGUACUGGGUUCAGGAGGUGGAUUUCGAGCCAUGGUUGGGUUUGCUGGAGUCAUGAAAGCACUUUAUGAAUCAGGAGUUUUAGACUGUGCAACUUACGUCGCUGGUCUUUCUGGAUCCACGUGGUACAUGUCAACUUUGUAUUCACACCCGGAUUUUCCAGAAAAAGGACCAAAGGAGAUUAAUCAAGAAUUGAUGAACUCUGUCAGUCACAACCCGCUUCUGCUGCUCACUCCUCAGAAAGUCAAACGCUACAUUGAAGCAUUGUGGAAUAAAAAAAGCUCAGGGCAGCCAGUCACCUUUACUGAUAUCUUUGGAAUGCUUAUAGGUGAAACGCUUAUUCAUAACAGAAUGGACACCACUCUGAGUGACAUGAAGGAGAAAGUCAAUGAAGCACAGUGUGCUCUUCCACUCUUUACAUGUCUCCACGUCAAACCAGAUGUCUCAGAGCUUAUGUUUGCAGACUGGGUGGAAUUCAGUCCGUAUGAAAUCGGUAUGGCGAAGUAUGGCACUUUUAUGUCUCCUGAUUUGUUUGGAAGCAAAUUUUUUAUGGGAACAGUGGUGAAGAAAUACAGUGAAAAUCCUUUGCAUUUCUUGAUGGGUGUCUGGGGCAGCGCGUUUUCUAUAUUAUUUAACAGAGUGCUCGGUGUCUCCAAUUCUCAAAACAAAGGUCCCACCAUGGAAGAAGAACUAGAAAAUAUUAGACUAAAGCACCUUGUAAGUAAUGACAGCUCAGACAGUGAAGAUGAAUCACAGCAUCCAAAAGGCACUGAAAAUUCAGAGGCAAAUGAAGAGUAUCAGAACAGCAGCCAAGAAAGCUGGGUGCAGCGAAUGCUGAUGGCUUUGGUGGGUGAUAGUGCCCUUUUCAAUACCAGGGAAGGACGUGCUGGGAAAGUGCACAACUUCAUGCUGGGAUUGAACCUCAACAGCUGUUACCCACUGUCUCCUCUGGCAGACCUCCUGACUCAGGAAUCUGUGGAAGAAGAUGAACUAGAUGCAGCCGUUGCAGAUCCUGAUGAGUUUGAGAGGAUAUAUGAGCCACUAGAUGUGAAGAGCAAAAAGAUUCACAUUGUGGACAGUGGUCUUACAUUUAACCUUCCAUAUCCACUUAUCCUAAGACCUCAAAGAGGAGUUGAUCUCAUCAUCUCUUUCGAUUUUUCAGCAAGGCCAAGUGAUUCCAGUCCGCCUUUCAAAGAAAUUUUACUUGCUGAAAAAUGGGCCAAAAUGAACAAGCUUCCUUUCCCAAAAAUAGAUCCAAAUGUUUUUGAUCGAGAGGGCUUGAAGGAGUGCUAUGUUUUUAAACCAAAGGAUACCUCUUCAGAGAAGGAUUGCCCAACUAUAAUCCAUUUUGUACUGGCAAACAUCAACUUCCGGAAGUACAAAGCUCCAGGUCUUCCAAGAGAGACAAAGGAAGAGAAGGACUUUGCUGACUUUGACAUUUUUGAUGAUCCUAAUACACCAUUCUCUACCUUCAACUUCCAGUAUCCCAAUGAGGCUUUCAAGAGGCUUCACGAUUUAAUGGAGUUCAACACCCUCAAUAACUUAGAUGUGAUCAAGCAGGCUAUGAUGGAAAGCAUUGAAUACAGAAAGGAAAAUCCAUCUCGCUGCUCUGUGUCACUUAGCAGUGUUGAAGCACGGAGAUUCUUUAACAAGAACAAUCUUAACAACAACCACACGUAGAGAAUGUGUCAUAGGUCUGCUGCUUCAAGAAACUGAUUCUAUCUUUAUAACUGGAUUCAGAAAGACAUUAUGAGAGCAACACUCCUCUCGAAAAAAAGGGCUGUGCUGAACUCCUGAAAACAUUUUCUUGCGAAUUUUCAAUAUUAUUUUGUAUUUCCUUUUUUUUUUUUUUUUUUUUUUUUUUUUAACAUUUAAAGCAUUUCAGUAUAUUGAUAUUCGUAUUUUAAAAGCUAUGUACGUAUGUUGGUAUGGCUAUAAAGUCACUGAGUUUAUUGUCUUUAUUUUUUAUCUUAGGAAAGUGUAAACACUGGUCUCUCUUAGUAGGACAAUUGUCUCAUUCUUAAUUGAUAUCAACUGGCAUCUCCUGAAAUGUGAGAUGGAAUUAGAAACAACAGAAUAAAAGUUUACUAGCAGAGAUAAUGCAGAUGAGUUCCUUACCAUGGGCCCUGAUUCCAUUCAGAUUGCAUCAGUGAGAUUUCCUUCAGCUUUACUUUAGAAAGUCAAUAAUUACUAAUACUGUUCAGUGCACUUCUCUUGAAUGUAAGUCACUUGACUGCUUGUUAUUGCUGUUAAGAUUGGUUUCUUGUACUGGAAGGGGUUUUGCUUACCCAUAACCAUUGGAUGUACUGACCUAGCCAAAACUCCGUCAUCAAGCUAUGUUUCAUGUGUUGCUUUUCUUGACUGAGUGGCAAACAGCAAAUGUUUGGUAACAAAUGCCUAUCAAAAAAAAGCGAGAUCUGUACAACUUUGAGAUUAUAAGUAGGGUGUUCAGCUGGUUAUUAAUCUUAGUAGAGCUUUCGUAAUGGUUAUUUGAAAGGAUCUGCUCUUGAAUCUUUGAGUCGCAUAUGUGUUCACAAAAAUCAAAGUCUGCUUGACUGACAUUUAAGAAUACAUACAUCCAUCAAGGACAGGAAAAAAAAAAGCCAGCUUUUUACAUUUCCUUUUUCUCUCUUGUUCCACAAAAUCACAGUGCUUGAGGUUUUUUUAGCUGGUAGCACCUGUAUGUUAGGUAGUUGUCAGUUCACAAAUUUCUACACAAAUUGUUUCCAGAUAAAUUAAAAAUGAUUUUGCAUGUCAUGAUUAAAAGCAUAACAUUUCUGCAAAGGAACAGUGGCAGUGUUUACUAGGGAUAAAUAAAAUAUUCCUAGGUAAGAAUGUGAAGUAGUUAAUCUACUAAGGGUUGUGUUUUGAAGUCUAUUUUUAGUACUUCCAAUAACUGAAGACUGCAAGUUAGAUACAGGUUAUUUGAGUACCAUCUGAAAAAGUGAUGAAAGUCUUCAUAGUAAAUGUAGUUAAAAAGUAAAUAUAGAGAAAAAUAUAGUCACACUUGAAAGACUUCCAGCCUCCUUUGAAAUAAUGUAAUCAGCUUGUAUAUAACAUAGAAAAGAGCAGAAGGAGCUGAUGGGGCCACUGGUGGCACAUAUGGGAGCAAGAAGCAAGAGCUGCACAUUUGAGAAGUGCUUGGCUGGCUUCUCUUUGCAUCUCUUUAAUUUCACGGGAUUAACACUCAGCAGGUGUACCUGGCAGUCCCAGCAAUUUUUUGUCAGCUGUUCUCUUCUGGAGUUUGGAGAAGGUGACAGGGACUGAACAGUGUGGCUAAAGGUGGACUUACUGUCUUUGAAGGUCAGUGAAGAGCAUAAAAAAGAUAUUUGUAGAGAUUUGGACAAAAACCGUCCUCAGCUAUGCUGCGAGUUGCUUGACCGUCAGCAGAUGGAGAAGAAAAACACACUUUAGGAAUAUCACUGCAGUGAAAACAAGGCACGUAAUUGAAGUUGUUUGCAGGAUUGUGGUCAGAAGGCAGGAGUGUUUCCUUGCAAGAGUUUUAAGGGAGGUUUUGGUCUCAAGAUUUCUGUUGACUCUAACAGACCCCCUUAUCAGUCUGAGGGGGCCUUCAGUAUCCUAGCAGACACAGAGGCAGUCAUCACAAGGAAUAACAUCACUUUGAGUAAAGACUAUUUGAAGCAGGUCUGAUCUUGUUUGAUAGUUUUCUGACAGAACAACUUUUAUAGUAACUGCUCAUUUAUCAAAAUUUGUGCUAAUUCAGUGACUACUCAUUUUAUUGUGAAUAGCUUAGAUAUUUUUUAAUUGCUAAAAUUUCUAAGCCUGUGAGAAGGAAAGUAAUUAUACUAUGUAAUAGGUACUGCAUCAUCCCUCCUUAAAUCUGCGUGCGAUGCUUGGUGAUUAAUAACACUUUCUGCAUUGAUUAAUAGGUUUCGUUUCUGUUUGAGUUAAUGCAUGUUUAAAAUCAAGAACAAAAAUAAAAGUAUCUUAUCUUAGUGCUGCAUCAUUUAAACAUUUUUUCCAAUAAAUUUUGCAGUACAGGAAGAAACUGGUACCAUGAUUUUAUUGUAAUAUUUUCUUUGAAUUUUUUUUUCCUUCUGCUAACAUGAGUGUUUUUAUAUUUUUUUACGUUAUAGUAUGUACUUUCUCUGUUUUAUGGCAGUGUUUUAUCAUGCGUUAUACAGUUUAUGUUAUUGCAGUGUUAUCAGACAAAAAGAAACACUUACUGUACUUGGCGCCUGCUAUUUUUACUUUGAUCAUUUAUGUGGUGCUUUCACUUUAUUUUUUUGGUGAAGGUUAUGGAACACCUCUGUAUCUGGAAGCUCUCGGGAUAGCUUACAUGGAAGACAUUCAAGGCUUUGCUUGUUAAGUCUUUCUUUUCAGUUAUGUUAAAAACACAACUUCCUCAAGCAGCCCCAUGUGUGAAAACAGCAUUUCAGUCAUU